AUGAUGGCUAAAGUACAUCCUACCGCCAUUGCAGGCUUCAACGUCGCUGCUGAUGAUUAUGCUAAAUCAAGACCCUCAUAUCCAACCGCGGCAUUGGAUCAUAUCAAAUCACUGAUACCUGAUACAGAUCAUGCCAAGAUUCUUGAUCUUGCAGCUGGUACCGGUAUCAUGACCACCUUGCUUGACAAGGUGGGAUACAAGCACAUCACGGCAGUCGAACCCACCAAAAACAUGCGUGAAAAAUUACACGCGUUGUUGCCACAUGUGCCCGUAUCCGAUGGCACCAGCUGGUCUAUUCCUUUGGAGGAUCAAUCGCAGGAUGCGGUGAUAGUUGCACAGGCCUUCCAUUGGUUUGCAGAUGUUGCCAGUCUCAAGGAAAUACAUCGUGUUCUUAAACCCAAUGGCUUUUUGAUCCUCAUUUGGAACAUGGGAAGCAGAGAACGAAGUAGAUGGGUGCGUCUCUUGAGAGAACGUUACGAACAAUUUGACCAAAACGUGCCGCAAUAUCGAAAGGGAUUAUGGAAGCAAUGUUUCGAUACCAAGGAAGCUGUUGAGCUUUUUGAAUUACCUUUUCAGUCACGCAUGUAUGAUUAUGAUAUGACCGUCCAUAAGGAUGAUGUAUGUCGCCGUGCUAUGACCAACAGCUACGUUGCAAGUUUACCUGAGCACGUCAAAGAAGCAUUGUACAAGGAACUUGAAGCGAUCAUACAUGAUCCAAUCAAUGAUUUCAAGCCCAAUGCUGAUGGCUAUGUAAUUUAUCCUCAUGACACUGAAUUUGUAUGGAUGAAAAAGAAGUAA